UUUAUGAGAUGAACAUUUCUGUGGCAUCACUUCCUAUUUCUUUCUCUAAUUUCUUAGCAUAGGAUAGAUCAGCCCAAAUUAUGCGUAGACCAAAAUAGCAGCUUAUGAUUUAUGUUGAUCAUUUGUUCUUUAGAUUGUCUCUAAAAGGUCUAUUCUACUGCUUAAAGAACAACAAAACCCUUUCUCCACAGUUGUCUCUAUUGAUCUCAGCUGCUGUCUUGCCAACUCAAUCCAGGCAUUGCUUAAUUUGACUUGGAAUUGUUCUUAUAAAGAAGCAACGUGUGGAAUAGUAGGGAUGUGAUAUAUUUAGUGCUGUUUUGGAACCUGAAACUGCAGAUCAAAAAUUGAUAAAGGAAUUUUUUCUGGCAUUAAGUGAUUUUCCUUUGUUUCCUCAGACACUGGUAAGACAUUUCUCCUCUGCCUCAUACAUUCUGUGCAUGCAUGUACACAUCACUUUGUGACAAUAAGUAACACGUGUGUAGCCACGUGCAGCCAUCCACAGGAAAGGGGGCUGGAUUCCAGUGCUAACCCAAUCAACUCAAUCAGACGCUUUCAAAUCAUUAGGUAAUGGCUCUUCACAUUGGCAAGCGUCCAGAUGGUUUGCCUUGCUUUGUUUUUGCCUUUUUUUUUUUUUUUUGAGCACCACACAUUUCAGUCUCAAAAUUGACAGAAAAGGGAAAAUUAAAUAUGAAUUAGAACAGAAACCAAUUGCACUUCUUGGUUAUAAUCAGAAUCCAGACAGGAUGUGAAAUGCUAUGGGUUAUAAAAUAUAAUCCAUGAACCCUUUACCACCGUCAUCUCAAUGCCACCCAGCAAUCUGGGGCCUAGGGUGACCACUUGACCUCUGCCUUCUUGAUAUAUACUGCGUUCUUAGUGCCUGCUGCACCACCCUAGGCUACCUUCAGUCCCUUAGGAAUCUGGAUCACAAAAAAGCACCCUUCUGGUGGGUUGGGGCUUCCCCAGUAGAUCAGCAGUAAAGAAUCCGCCUGCAACGCAGGAGACACAGGAGAUGUGGGUUCUGAGCAACUAGGCACGCGCCUGUGGGUUGAGUAAAGGGUAGAUGCAGCCCCACACCAGGCUGGACACAGCCCAUUACCACCCCUUUACCAGCUUGGAGAGUGGAGUUCAGACUAGAUUUCCACCCUCACUCGCCCCACCCUUACCACAAGUCAAGCAUCCCUUAGACAGAAUACAACCUGUGCAAGUAAUCAGAUCAAGGUGAAAAAUCAUGGCAUUCUUCUCUAGAUUCCUUUUGGGUUGGGCUUCAGCCCCCAAGGAACAACUUCCUCUGGCCUAAAGCUGGACAGAAAGGCAGUGAGGAAUCCUGGAGAGCCAGGGGACCUCCUGCAGUCCUUUUAGUGAUAACGAAGGUCUUGGCAUCUCUUCCCGAACUUUUACUAAAGAAGCUGGUAAGCAUGAUUCUGGUCUUGCUUGUGAUUGAAGUAAAUACAUAUAAUUUAGAAUAAGUGACUCAGGCUCUAAAAUUUGCCAGGCCUCAAUUUUAUCAGCUAUAUGACUUUCACCUUUGACCUUAUUUUAUGCCUCUUUAAACCUCCAUUUGCUCAUCUGUAAAAUGGGGCGAUUAAUAGCACUUCAUUGUCUCCUGGUGAAGAUUAAAUAUGAUAUAGUAGGGACUUUCAGCACAAUAUUGUGUGCAUGCGUACUAAAUCACUUCAGUUAUGUCUGACUCUUUGCAACCUCAUGGACUGUAGCCCACCAGGCUCCUCUGUCCAUGGGAUUCUUCAGGCAAGAAUACUGGAGUGGGUUGCCAUGCCCUUCUCCAGGUGACCUUGCUGACCCAGGGAUCGAAACCGCACUGUAAUACUUUUCAAUAAAUGUAAAUGGUGUCAUUAAUAGUUAUCACAGCCUCAGGUCACUUUCUGACUCCCUCCUCUCUCUCUGAUACCAUUUCCCUAAGACCUCCUGUUUUUCCUGUAUUUCUGCUGCUUUUCUCUCUGCCCCUAACAUCGCUGCCUAACUCCUAAAGAUUCACGUUCUCCUAAGAUUCUUAAAGAAGGGUUCCUCUUUUUACAGAUACAAAAGCUGAAAUAGCUUUAGUUCAUCUUCAGUGAUGACUGAUGUCUCAUAAGAAGCCAGGGGUGCCUUCAGAUUUUGUAUUGAAGUACCUCUGUCCAGGUGCCCCUUCUGACUACAUUUUUAGAGUAAGUACCCCACCCUCCCCUACCUAGAGAGAGGAAACAAAAGGAUAAAUGUCUUAUCCUAGCUUGCAGCAGGUGUCAUUCUAUUUGAUUUUCAGGCCUUUCAACAAAACAAAAGGCCUUUUCUGUUCUUUCACAAUAUAUGCUCUCUUUAAAGGUACUUGAAUGAGAAAAAAAGCCUACACCAGACCAGAUUUCUGGUUCUAAUGGACAAUAACUGGGCUGUUAGUUGCUGAUUCAUUCUUCACAGGGAAAACUAGAUGCCAUUAGAAACAUUUUUUUCUAAAUAGCAUUUAAAAUUUUAUGAUAGCUUCCUCUUGAAAUACUGUAUAUGAGUGGCAUUCUCAACAAAUUAAUACGUUUAAUAUGAUAGUCACAUGUAUUUUUAACUCCUAAAAAAAUAUGUUUAUAAUAGGAUUGAAAACUUCUAAAAGCCAGUUAAGAUCUCUUUAAAAGUCAGAGAAAAUCUGACUUGAGUAACAGUGUAUAAUAGCAUGUUUGGUUAUUGUAGCUGUUUUAAAUGCCUCCAACUUGCUGUCCCCAAAUAGUUACCACUGGUGUUCAGAAGUGAUAGACCUUAAAUGGUACCAAAAAUGUAUUUAACCUAAAUUUAAAAGUUGGAUUCUAGAGUCCCUAAGGGUUCAUAAUAAAUGUCAAGGUAACAAAAUUUAAUUGUUUACUCUAUGCAAGGCACUAUGCUGAACACUUUCAUAAUGUCAUUUAAUCCUUCCAGCAAGUCAAUGAGAUCAGUACCACUAUAAUCCCCACUUUACAGAUGAGGAAAUUAAGGUUUAGUGAGGUUAAUAGCUUGCCCUAGAUCUUAUAGCUAGAAAGUUCUGAAGAGUUUUGAGGGGCUUUGUGCUCAUUAACUCCAAGGCACCCUGAAGCUUUCCUGUUCAUUACUGCCAUCCAUAGUGGGGGAGGCACCAGAAAGGGGGGCAUGGAUAUUAGUUUUUGUUCUCAAAUGUAACAACCAAUUCCGUAAAUCCUUUGGGUCCUGUUUCACCUAGAAUCUACAUAUUCAAAAUACAGGUGAUAAAACGAAAUUAGCUCAUUAACUCUGGUAAGCAUGUAAAUGAAAACUCAGUCGGUCUGAGGACACUUUAAGAUAGUACUGAUGAAUGGUUGGAAUUCUUGGUGGGGUUCUUGCCUUUUGUGUAAGGAGUUUGAAGAGAAUGCUGAUUGUAUUGAUAGUGUCUUGGGGCAUUUCAGGACACAGUCCUAAAGGUUCUCCUUCCUGUUUAAAAUUCUCAGUCUUAGAGAAAGUAUACUCUCUCCCUGCCAUUUGUCAAAUGAACAGUUAAUCCGGGUUAGCUUUGAGUGGGGGAGGGGUGCUUAGAUAAUUUUGUGAAAUAAUUAUUAGCAUAGUUUAUCAGUCCCAUUGCAAUAUGUUGAUCAUAAAUGAACUGGGGAUAGGGGUAGGAUUCGUGGUUUAUAAGAUGUUUAGCCAAAUCCCACCUGCCCAAACGUAGCCUGUGAAGAUUCAAGUAUUGACUCCAAUCCCCUAGCCAAGCUAAAUAACAACAUGAAACCACGAUAACUGAAGUCAGGACACCUGAUACCAAGAUUUCAUGGAGGAAAAAAGCCAUUGUGUAGCCAGGAAUACAGCGCCUUUGCUUAUCUUUUUAAUACAAAUAAAAAAUAAGCUUUAUUGGGCUCGGAGAUUUUUAGAAUACACAGGCUUGCCGGAUGCAUUGUGGAGCCUGGCGUUCUGUACACGAGCUUUCGUGGCUGGUACUGUCCCCUUCGGAUGCACACGUUGGUAGGGGGUGGGUACCCCUCAAAAAUGUCAGCAUUUCUGGGAGGGAGCAGCACAGAAAGGAGGGGAGGGAAAAGCCCCGGCCGACAUCCUGUUGUUAUCAAGCUCUCCUCUUGCGGAGGGGCGGACGGAGGACGCUUUUCAGAUCCACCACCAGAUCCAGGGGUGCCACUGGGCCGCCGUAGCUGUGUGGAUUCCGGGGACGGACGCGGGUCGGGGAGCGCGGCCGGUGCACCCCCCUGGGGGCGGGGAGCAUCUCACCCGGAGCGGGGCUGACCGGCGAGGAUCCGCAGGAGCUGGGAGGUUUUUCCCACGGCUGAGUCGGGCCCGGACUGUGGGGGCGGGGGUAGGGGGGACCCUCACGGCGCAUCCCUCCUGGCCCAUCCUUCCUGGCGCAUCCCCAGCCCUGCGCGCUGGGGUGCCGUGGGGCACCCCCGCCACGCUCACCCCGUGCAGGUGGGACUUCCUUGGCCCCGUACCUGCCGGGCCAAGCGUGUGGGCGACCGGCGGCCGGCGUCGCUGGCACUGGCAGACGCCUCCCAGGGCUAGAGCUCCGCACCCAACGAAUAGGCAGCCAGUCCUGGACCGGGAGGAGGAGCGGCCGAGCAUCCCUCUCCCGCUCCGCCGCGUCCUUCUUAUGAGGACUCGCCGGAGGUGGACCCGCAGAGCCAGCCUCCCAGCCGCUGACCCCGCUUACAUCACGAACCUGUGACCAGCGCAUCCCUCCCACGCCGGGUACCUGCUCCGCGCGGCUCACGGUCCAGCCCCAGGAGCAGGCUCUUUGUAUGCCGCCGACAUGGCCAGCCAGCAGGAUUCCGGCUUCUUCGAGAUCAGUAUCAAAUAUUUACUGAAAUCCUGGAGUAAUACUUCUCCAGUUGGCAACGGUUAUAUCAAGCCUCCAGUUCCACCUGUGUCUGGCACACAGAAGGAGAAAGGGCCCCCAACCAUGUUACCCAUCAGUGUGGACCCAGACAGCAAACCCGGAGAGUAUGUCCUCAAGAGUUUAUUUGUCAACUUCACCACUCAGGCUGAGCGCAAGAUUCGCAUCAUUAUGGCAGAACCCUUGGAAAAGCCAUUGACAAAAUCUCUACAACGUGGAGAAGACCCCCAGUUUGAUCAAGUCAUCAGUUCAAUGAGCUCCCUUUCUGAAUACUGCCUGCCUUCCAUUCUACGUACAUUAUUUGACUGGUAUAAAAGGCAAAAUGGCAUUGAGGAUGAAUCGCAUGAGUACAGACCAAGAACCAGCAAUAAAUCCAAAAGUGAUGAACAGCAGCGAGAUUAUUUAAUGGAAAGACGGGACCUCGCCAUUGAUUUUAUUUUUUCUUUAGUAUUAAUAGAAGUUUUGAAACAGAUUCCACUUCAUCCUGUAAUAGACAGUUUAAUACAUGAUGUUAUUAACUUGGCUUUCAAGCACUUUAAGUACAAAGAAGGGUACCUUGGUCCUAACACUGGCAAUAUGCACAUUGUGGCAGACCUGUAUGCAGAAGUCAUUGGCGUGCUGGCACAAGCUAAAUUCCCUGCUGUAAAGAAGAAAUUUAUGGCAGAGCUCAAAGAAUUACGGCACAAAGAGCAGAGCCCAUAUAUCGUUCAAAGCAUCAUCAGCUUGAUAAUGGGGAUGAAGUUCUUCCGAAUUAAGAUGUAUCCAGUGGAGGACUUUGAGGCCUCUCUCCAGUUUAUGCAGGAAUGUGCACAUUACUUUCUUGAGGUCAAAGACAAAGAUAUCAAACACGCCUUGGCUGGGCUGUUUGUUGAAAUUCUUGUCCCAGUGGCUGCUGCUGUUAAAAAUGAAGUUAAUGUUCCCUGCCUCAGAAACUUCGUUGAAAGCCUGUAUGAUACCACGCUGGAACUUUCUUCUCGAAAGAAGCAUUCCUUGGCCUUGUACCCACUGGUGACCUGUCUGCUCUGCGUCAGCCAGAAGCAGCUGUUCCUGAACAGGUGGCACGUUUUCCUCAACAACUGCUUAUCCAACCUUAAAAAUAAAGACCCCAAGAUGGCUCGAGUUGCACUGGAAUCUCUGUACAGAUUACUUUGGGUUUACAUGAUCCGAAUUAAAUGUGAAAGCAACACAGCUACUCAGAGCCGUCUUAUAACCAUCAUCACAACACUUUUCCCCAAAGGGUCCCGUGGUGUGGUGCCAAGGGAUAUGCCUCUCAACAUCUUUGUGAAAAUCAUCCAGUUCAUCGCCCAGGAACGUUUAGAUUUUGCAAUGAAAGAAAUCAUUUUUGAUUUCCUUUGUGUGGGAAAACCAGCAAAAGCUUUCAGUCUCAAUCCAGAGAGAAUGAAUAUUGGCUUAAGGGCAUUCUUGGUCAUAGCCGAUAGCUUGCAGCAGAAAGAUGGAGAACCUCCCAUGCCGGUUACUGGGGCUGUUCUCCCUUCAGGAAACACACUGAGGGUGAAGAAAACGUAUCUGAGUAAGACACUAACUGAAGAGGAAGCCAAAAUGAUAGGCAUGUCAUUAUAUUACUCUCAAGUACGAAAAGCUGUGGACAACAUUUUAAGGCACCUUGAUAAAGAAGUAGGAAGGUGUAUGAUGCUGACUAAUGUCCAGAUGUUAAACAAAGAACCCGAAGACAUGAUCACGGGUGAGAGAAAGCCAAAAAUAGAUCUUUUCAGGACCUGUGUUGCUGCUAUUCCUCGACUGCUUCCUGAUGGGAUGUCAAAACUUGAACUUAUUGACCUGCUGGCGAGGCUCUCUAUUCAUAUGGAUGAUGAACUGCGACAUAUUGCCCAGAAUUCUCUUCAGGGUUUACUUGUUGACUUCUCAGAUUGGAGGGAAGAUGUCCUAUUUGGCUUCACCAACUUCCUGCUUCGGGAAGUAAAUGACAUGCAUCACACACUCCUUGAUUCAUCCCUCAAGCUCCUGCUCCAGCUGCUCACCCAGUGGAAACUGGUGAUACAAACGCAAGGAAAAGUCUACGAACAGGCCAACAAAAUCAGAAAUGCAGAGCUAAUUGCCAAUGGCUCCAGCCACCGAGUCCAGUCGGAGCGAGGUCCCCACUGCAGUGUGCUCCAUGCUGUGGAAGGUUUUGCCCUGGUUUUACUCUGCAGUUUCCAGGUGGCCACACGCAAACUGUCUGUUUUAAUACUCAAGGAAAUUCGAGCUUUAUUUGUCGCUCUGGGUCAGCCUGAGGACGAUGACAGACCUAUGAUUGAUGUCAUGGAUCAGCUAAGUUCCUCCAUCCUCGAAAGUUUUAUUCAUGUAGCAGUUUCGGAUUCAGCAACCCUACCCUUGACCCACAGCGUGGACCUGCAGUGGCUGGUGGAGUGGAACGCUGUCCUGGUCAACAGCCAUUACGACGUGAAGAGCCCUUCCCACGUCUGGAUUUUCGCCCAGUCUGUCAAGGACCCCUGGGUGCUCUGCCUCUUCAGCUUCCUCCGGCAGGAGAACCUGCCCAAGCACUGCCCCACCGCCCUCAGCUACGCCUGGCCCUAUGCCUUCACGCGGCUGCAGUCCGUGAUGCCCCUGGUGGACCCGAAUAGCCCUAUUAAUGCCAAGAAAACCAGCACGGCUGGCAGCGGAGACAACUACGUUACGUUGUGGAGAAAUUACCUUAUUCUUUGUUUUGGAGUUGCAAAACCCAGUAUUAUGAGCCCGGGACACUUACGAGCCUCCACUCCAGAAAUAAUGGCCACGACACCUGAUGGUACAGUGAGCUACGAUAACAAGGCCAUAGGCACCCCAUCGGUGGGCGUUCUGUUAAAGCAGUUGGUGCCUUUGAUGAGACUUGAGGGCAUUGAGAUCACAGAAUCCUUAGUUUUAGGAUUUGGAAGGACAAAUUCCCUUGUCUUCAGAGAAUUGGUAGAAGAACUUCAUCCAUUAAUGAAAGAGGCUCUGGAACGAAGGCCAGAGAACAAAAAACGCCGAGAACGGCGAGACUUGUUAAGGCUACAACUGCUUCGAAUUUUUGAACUUCUGGCUGAUGCUGGUGUCAUAAGUGACAGCACCAAUGGAGCCUUAGAACGGGACACUUUAGCCCUUGGAGCUUUGUUCUUAGAAUACGUGGACCUGACCCGCAUGCUCUUAGAAGCUGAAAAUGAUAAAGAAGUGGAAAUUCUUAAAGAUAUCCGGGCACAUUUUAGUGCCAUGGUUGCCAACUUGAUUCAGCGUGUUCCAGUUCACCACCGAAGAUUUCUCUUCCCUCAGCAAAGCCUGAGGCAUCAUCUUUUCAUCUUAUUUAGCCAGUGGGCAGGACCCUUCAGCAUUAUGUUCACGCCCCUGGAUCGUUACAGUGACAGAAAUCAUCAGAUUACAAGAUACCAGUAUUGUGCGUUAAAGGCAAUGUCAGCAGUGUUGUGCUGUGGCCCAGUGUUUGACAACGUGGGCCUUUCCCCAGAUGGCUACCUAUACAAGUGGCUUGACAACAUUCUGGCUUGUCAAGAUUUACGAGUUCAUCAACUUGGCUGUGAGGUUGUCGUCUUGCUACUGGAACUAAAUCCUGACCAAAUAAAUCUUUUCAACUGGGCGAUUGACCGAUGCUACACUGGUUCCUACCAACUUGCGUCUGGUUGUUUCAAAGCCAUAGCUACUGUGUGUGGAAGCAGGAACUAUCCCUUUGACAUAGUGACGCUGUUAAACCUUGUUCUGUUCAAGGCCUCUGACACCAACAGAGAAAUUUAUGAAAUCUCCAUGCAGCUCAUGCAGAUCCUUGAAGCCAAGCUUUUUGUGUACUCAAAGAAAGUAGCCGAACAAAGACCCGGCAGUAUCCUGUACGGGACGCACGGCCCGCUGCCACCCCUCUACAGCGUGUCACUGGCCUUCUUGUCAUGCGAGCUGGCCAGGAUGUACCCCGAGCUCACUCUUCCUCUCUUCUCAGAGGUCAGCCAGCGCUUCCCCACAACGCAUCCCAACGGGCGUCAGAUCAUGCUCACCUACCUGCUGCCCUGGCUGCACAACAUCGAGCUGGUGGACAGCAGGCUGCUCCUCCCGGGGUCCAGCCCCAGCAGCCCCGAGGACGAUGCCAAGGACCGCGAGGGAGACGUGACGGCUUCUCAGGGGCUGAAAGGCAGUGGCUGGGGCUCCCCAGAGGCAACGUCCUUGGUGCUGAACAACCUCAUGUACAUGACAGCCAAGUAUGGGGAUGAAGUUCCUGGACCAGAAAUGGAAAAUGCCUGGAAUGCAUUAGCCAACAAUGAGAAGUGGAGCAACAACCUGCGGAUCACCUUGCAGUUCCUGAUCAGCCUGUGCGGGGUCAGCAGUGACACACUCCUCCUGCCCUAUAUCAAGAAGGUGGCAGUCUACCUGUGCCGGAACAACACCAUUCAGACCAUGGAGGAGCUGCUGUUCGAGCUGCAGCAGACGGAGCCGGUGAACCCCAUCGUCCAGCACUGCGACAACCCGCCCUUUUACCGCUUCACAGCCAGCAGCAAGGCCUCGGCGGCGGCCUCCGGAACCACCUCCAGCAGCAAUACAGUGGUUGCCGGCCAGGACAGUUUUCCAGACGCUGAGGAGAGCAAGAUACUGAAAGAAUCUGAUGAGAGGUUUAGUAACGUCAUCAGAGCCCAUACGCGUCUGGAGUCAAGAUACAGCAACAGUUCAGGAGGCUCAUACGAUGAGGAUAAAAAUGACCCAAUUUCUCCCUACACCGGCUGGCUUCUGACUAUCACAGAGACCAAACAGCCGCAGCCCCUACCCAUGCCUUGCACGGGAGGGUGCUGGGCCCCGCUGGUGGACUACCUCCCAGAGACCAUCACCCCCCGGGGGCCACUCCACAGGUGCAAUGUCGCUGUCAUCUUUAUGACUGAGAUGGUGGUGGACCACAGUGUCCGAGAAGACUGGGCUCUCCACCUCCCGCUGCUGCUCCAUGCUGUCUUCUUAGGUUUGGACCAUUACCGGCCCGAAGUCUUUGAACACAGCAAAAAAUUGCUUCUUCACCUCCUGAUUGCCCUCUCUUGCAACAGCAAUUUCCAUGCCAUUGCUUCUGUGCUCCUGCAGACUCGAGAGAUGGGCGAAGCCAAGACUCUAACCGUUCAGCCAGCUUAUCAGCCCGAGUACCUCUAUACAGGUGGCUUCGACUUCCUGAGAGAGGACCAGUCAUCCCCGGUGCCAGACUCAGGGCUCAGCUCCAGCUCCACUUCAUCCAGCAUCAGUCUGGGAGGCAGCAGUGGGAACCUCCCACAGAUGGCCCAGGAGGUAGAAGAUGCGGACGCAGCUGCUGACUCAGAUGAGAAGGCAAACAAGCUCAUUGAGUUUCUGACGACCAGGGCGUUUGGUCCACUUUGGUGCCAUGAGGACAUCACACCCAAAAAUCAGAAUUCAAAGAGUGCUGAACAACUCACCAACUUUCUACGUCACGUUGUAUCCGUGUUCAGAGAUUCCAAAUCAGGUUUCCACCUGGAGCAGCACCUGAGUGAAGUGGCGCUGCAGACGGCCCUCGCCAGCUCCUCCCGGCACUAUGCCGGCCGGUCCUUCCAGAUAUUCCGGGCCCUCAAACAACCUCUGUCAGCACACGCCUUGUCGGACCUCCUCUCCAGGCUGGUGGAGGUGAUUGGCGAGCACGGAGAUGAGAUUCAGGGUUAUGUCAUGGAAGCCCUUCUUACCUUGGAAGCUGCCGUGGACAACUUGUCUGACUGCUUGAAGAACACUGAUCUCUUAACUGUACUAUCUCGCUCUUCAUCACCAGACUUAAGCUCUAACGCUAAGCUGACGGCAAGCAGAAAGAGCACAGGACAACUCAACGUGAACCCUGGGGCAGCCAGUGGCAACACAGCAGCCGCAGAACGCAGCCGGCAUCAAAGGAGCUUCUCUGUGCCCAAGAAGUUCGGUGUUGUCGACCGGUCCUCAGACCCACCUCGGAGUGCCACCCUGGACAGAAUUCAGGCCUGUACCCAACAAGGCCUCUCCUCGAAAACCAGAAGCUCGUCCUCCUUGAAGGACAGCCUCACCGACCCAUCUCACAUAAACCAUCCAACCAACCUGUUGGCCACCAUCUUUUGGGUCACGGUGGCUUUGAUGGAAUCCGAUUUUGAGUUUGAAUACCUAAUGGCCCUGAGGCUGUUGAACAGACUGCUGGCUCACAUGCCACUUGAUAAAGCUGAGAACCGAGAAAAACUAGAGAAACUCCAGGCGCAGCUCAAGUGGGCAGACUUUUCGGGGUUGCAGCAGCUGCUGCUGAAGGGGUUCACCUCCCUCACCACCACCGACCUUACCUUGCAGCUGUUCAGCUUGCUGACUCCAGUGUCCAAAGUAUCCAUGGUGGACUCGUCUCAAGCCAUUGGGUUUCCACUGAAUGUCUUGUGUCUUCUGCCCCAGCUGAUACAGCAUUUUGAAAACCCCAACCAGUUCUGUAAGGAUGUAGCUGAGAGAAUCGCUCAGGUUUGUUUGGAAGAGAAGAACCCCAAACUUUCCAAUCUUGCACACGUCAUGACUCUUUAUAAAACACACAGCUACACGAGGGACUGUGCCACAUGGGUCAAUGUGGUCUGCCGGUACCUUCAUGAAGCCUAUGCUGACAUCACCUUGAAUAUGGUUACCUACCUGGCAGAGCUGCUGGAGAAGGGCCUCCCCAGCAUGCAGCAGCCCCUCCUGCAGGUGAUCCACAGUCUGCUCAGCUACAUGGACCUUUCUGUCGUGCCUGUAAAGCAGUUCAAUGUGGAAGUUCUGAAGACCAUUGAAAAAUACGUGCAAAGCGUUCACUGGAGAGAAGCUCUGAAUAUUUUGAAGCUGGUGGUUUCUCGAUCUGCCAGCCUCGUUUUGCCUUCCUACCAACACAGCGACCUCUCAAAGAUAGAAAUACAUCGAGUGUGGACGAGCUCAUCCAAGGAAUUACCUGGAAAAACCCUAGACUUCCACUUUGAUAUCUCAGAGACGCCCAUCAUUGGGAGACGGUAUGAUGAACUGCAGAACUCCUCUGGGCGUGAUGGGAAGCCCAGGGCCAUGGCCGUCACCCGGAGUGCAUCCUCCACCUCCUCAGGCUCCAAUUCCAACGUCCUUGUCCCUGUCAGCUGGAAAAGGCCCCAGUAUUCCCAGAAGAGGACCAAAGAGAAGUUGGUGCACGUCCUUUCUCUGUGUGGCCAGGAAGUAGGAUUAAGCAAGAAUCCAUCCGUGAUCUUCUCGUCGUGCGGGGACCUGGACCUGCUGGAGCAUCAGACGAGCCUGGUGUCGUCCGAGGACGGGGCCCGGGAGCAGGAGAACAUGGAUGACACCAACAGCGAGCAGCAGUUCAGGGUCUUCAGAGACUUCGACUUCCUAGACGUGGAACUGGAGGAUGGCGAGGGUGAGAGUAUGGACAACUUCAACUGGGGAGUCCGCAGGCGUUCUUUGGACAGUCUGGAUAAGUGUGACCUGCAGCUGCUGGAGGAGCGCCAGCUCUCAGGAAGCUCUCCCAGCCUCAAUAAAAUGAACCACGAGGAUUCUGACGAGUCCUCUGAGGAGGAGGACCUCACCACCAGCCAGAUCCUGGAGCACUCUGACCUCAUCAUGAAUCUCUCCCCUUCGGAGGAGACUAACCCCAUGGAAUCACUCACGACCGCCUGUGAUCUGACCCCUGCUGACCCUCACUCCUUUAACACCAGGAUGGCUAGCUUUGAUGCUGCUCUGCCUGAUAUGAAUAAUCUUCAUAUUUCUGAGGGUUCAAAGGCUGAUGCCGUCCAGGAAGAGGAGGACGCCACCGUGCAGGAGGAUGACCUUUCCAGCUCCAUCAAUGAACUCCCGGCCACUUUCGAAUGCAGCGACAGCUUUAGCCUGGAUACGACUGAGGCAGAAGAAAAAGGCAACCGAGCGCUGGACCACUUCACUCUUGCCAGCUUUGGGGAAGGUGAGAGGGGAGUGUCGCCCCCUCCCUCGCCCUUCUUCUCGGCCAUCCUUGCCGCCUUUCAGCCCACAGCCUGUGAUGACGCCGAGGAGGCCUGGCGCAGCCACAUCAACCAGCUCAUGUGCGACUCGGAUGGCUCCUGUGCUGUGUACACGUUCCACGUGUUCUCCUCCCUGUUUAAGAAUAUUCAGAAAAGGUUCUGCUUCCUAACCUGUGACGCAGCCAGUUACCUUGGCGAUAACCUCCGGGGCAUCGGAUCCAAGUUUGUCAGCUCUUCCCAGAUGCUUACCUCCUGCUCCGAGUGCCCCACACUCUUCGUGGACGCCGAGACCCUCCUUUCUUGUGGACUUCUGGACAAGCUCAAGUUCAGUGUUUUAGAACUGCAAGAAUAUUUGGAUACCUACAACAACAGGAAAGAGGCCACUCUCUCAUGGCUUGCAAACUGUAAGGCGACAUUCGCAGGAGGCGCACGAGAUGGAGUGAUUACCUGUCAACCCGGGGACUCAGAGGAGAAGCAAAUGGAAUCUCUUGCACAACUGGAACUGUGUCAGAGGUUGUAUAAGCUACACUUCCAGCUGCUGCUGCUUUUUCAGUCCUACUGUAAGCUCAUCGGCCAGGUGCAUGAAGUCAGCUCCAUGCCAGAGCUGCUAAAUAUGUCCAGGGAACUGAGUGACCUAAAGAAAAACCUGAAGGAGGCCACUGCAGCCAUUGCAGCUGACCCUCUUUACGUCGAGGGGGUGUGGUCCGAGCCAACCUUCACAUCCACUGAGGCAGCCAUCCAGUCCAUGCUUGAGUGCUUGAAGAACAAUGAACUUGGCAAGGCUUUACGGCAAAUAAGGGAAUGCAGAAGUCUGUGGCCCAAUGACAUCUUUGGAAGCAGUUCUGACGACGAGGUCCAGACACUGCUGAACAUUUAUUUCCGUCAUCAAACUCUGGGACAGACGGGCACUUACGCGUUGGUGGGGUCUAACCAGAGCCUGACUGAGAUCUGCACCAAGCUGAUGGAGCUGAACAUGGAGAUCCGGGACAUGAUCCGCAGGGCCCAGAGCUACCGGGUCCUCACCGCCUUCCUUCCCGACUCCAGCGUGUCCGGCACUAGCCUCUGACAGGAGCCUCCCAUCCCCCAUGGGCACCAAGCUGGGGGUGCUGCCGUGCUGGGAUGACGUCAUUCGGUGUCUUCUCAGCCUUCAAAAGGCUUGGUCAGACUGUUCUCCCUCUUGUUACCUGCAGGACUUUUCAUAAAGAGGAUGGCAGAACUUCCCACGUGUAGCAAUACUCUUAAGAACCAAGGUAGCAUAGGACCGUUCUGGAACAGCCUCCAUCCGUCAUCCUGUGUGGCACAAAAAUGCGUUAACCUUUUACUGAGCAAAAACUCACUACUGAAGACGUGACUUCCAUUGCAUACCAAAGCCAACUACUCUGAACAAUACCCUCCUUUCUAGAAACAAUUUUAGAUUGGCAAAAGUGCAAUGUUUUCUUCACUAAAAAAUAUUUUAUAUUCUAAAACUUGUACAUUCUUUUUCCUUUUUUUUUUUUUUGCCUUUUGUGUGUGUGUGAGGUGAGCUGAGGAAGGAGCAGGCAGAAUGAAGCUGGCCACUGAAAACUGUAAGACGGUCAAAAGCUGACAGCCUGUGUAUGUGAAAAGGGAAUUGUAAAUGGACAAUUUAAUGUACACUGAAAUUUGAAUACCAUUACUGUAUCUAAAAGGAGCUGCUAUGAAGUACCUUUCUUAUGUUGCUAGGCUACUGUCUCGGAAAGCCCUGGAUCUCUUUGCAGGGGUCUGUGAUUAAGACCCUCGCACCAAAAAUGGUCCAGAUAGACCUUUUUUUAAGGAUCUUGGCUGCUUUUUACUAGAAUGUUGCUUUUAUGAACAUAUUUAUACUACAGAAGGAUGAGUGUUAAUUUUAACCAACUUUGCCAUUUUGUAGAAAAAAGUAAAAGACAUCCACAUUAUAAAUUCCAAGUCUCUCCACCUGUUACGCAUGCAUAUUUUAAUAUCCAUGUGGAUAGCCAGAAAUAGGACAUAAAGGUAAAAUAUGAGUUGUCACUUUGUUUCUUAAGAAAUGUCAUUUUAUUUGUAAUAUAUAUGUAAAGGGCCAUUCUUAAGUUUUCUCCUUAAAUUUAAUGCUGUCAAGUGUUAGCUGUGUGCAUGUAAACCUGUUGCACAUCAGAAACAUAUUCAAAGUUUAUCUAUGUAACUUAUUCACUCUGUAAAUACAUUUAAAGUUUUUGUGAUGUAA